CCGUUUCUGGGGGCUGUGGCCUCGUCUCCUGCCCCCGGAAGCGGAAGUGGGGGCACAGCUGCGGUCCCGGAAGCGGCGGGGCCCCGGGGAGCGACGCCCGUCUUGGUCCUAGCGGUGGCGACGGCGGCGGGGGAGGAUGAGGCGCAGGGGCUCCGGCGAGCCGGAGUGCAGCCGUGGGGGCGGCCCGGCCGCGCAGUGCGCCUGAGGCAGUGGGAUACGUAUGGACUGAAAGAUCACUGACUACUACAAUGGAAAAGUCAUGGAUGCUUUGGACCUUUAUUGAAAGAUGGCUGCUAGCUUUGGCUUCAUGGUCUUGGGGUCUCUGCCGUAUUUCUCUCUUACCUUUGAUAGUAACUUUUCAUUUGUAUGGAGGCAUUACAUUACUUAUGUUAAUAUUUGUAUCAAUAGCAGGUAUACUAUAUAAAUUCCAGGAUGUACUACUUUACUUCCCUGAACAGCCCUCUUCAUCACGUCUUUAUGUUCCUAUGCCUACUGGUAUACCACAUGAAAACAUCUUCAUCAAAACCAAAGAUGGAGUUCUUCUCAAUCUUAUUCUGCUGAGAUAUACCGGAGACAAUGCAGCAUAUUCUCCUACUGUCAUUUAUUUUCAUGGAAAUGCAGGCAACAUUGGUCACAGGUUACCAAAUGCUUUGCUGAUGCUGGUAAACCUGAAAGUAAACUUACUGCUGGUUGAUUAUAGAGGUUAUGGGAAAAGUGAAGGAGAAGCAAGUGAAGAAGGUCUCUACUUAGAUUCUGAGGCUGUACUAGACUAUGUGAUGACUAGAUCUGAUCUUGAUAAAACAAAAAUCUUUCUCUUUGGCCGUUCCUUAGGGGGAGCAGUGGCUGUUCAUUUAGCUUCUGAAAAUUCCCAUAGAAUUUCUGCCAUAAUGGUGGAGAACACAUUCCUUAGCAUCCCACACAUGGCCAGCACUUUGUUUUCUUUCUUUCCAAUGAGGUAUCUUCCUUUGUGGUGCUACAAAAAUAAAUUCCUGUCAUACAGAAAAAUCUCUCAGUGCAGAAUGCCUUCUCUUUUCAUCUCUGGGCUGUCUGAUCAGUUAAUUCCUCCAGUUAUGAUGAAGCAGCUUUAUGAAUUAUCCCCGGCUCGGACUAAGAGAUUGGCAAUUUUUCCAGAUGGAACUCAUAAUGACACUUGGCAGUGCCAGGGUUAUUUCACUGCACUUGAACAGUUCAUCAAAGAAGUUAUAAAGAGUCAUUCUCCUGAAGAAAUGGCAAAAACAUCAUCUAACGUAACAAUAAUAUAAUCGAUAUUCUUUUUCUGAUUAAAUUGCACUGUACCUUGAUUUGUGAAAAGUGGUAAAAGAAUGUCCAUUUUUAAAUGUAUAUUAUGUCUGUACUUGCCUAAUGAGCAGAAUUAAACUUGGAAAGGUCUAAUACUUUAUUAUGACGUUCCAGGUAGUUUUUAUAUUUUGCAACAUUGUAACUGAGUGAACAUUUCUACAUGUCUUUCCCAUACCUUUUUAUAUGUUUGUUCAUAUCUUCCAUUUGUUCAGUAUAUACAAUGGAAGCUAUUAAAAUUUUGUUACUACAUUAGUACAAAUGACAUUAGGUUGAGAUAACAGGAGGCUCUUCAGUAUUCUCUGCUGUGUGUAUCGGCUAAUUGGACAAUCAUGGUUAGCAAAAUAUGUUCUGUAACAUUUCUAAGAUUUACCUUAAGUAUACCAUGCAUGGUAGUGUUUUAUUCCUUGCGCUGUUAUUGAAGAUGGAGACUUUUUUAAUGUGCUAAGUCAUGUAAAUAGCAUUCAUGAUAGAGAAAUAAUUCAGGAUCAUAUAUGCAUAAGUGUAAUCUAUUUUUAUGAUGAUAUAUAUAUUACAAAUCAGAGGUCAAAAAGAAAAGCUACUUUUCCUAUAUUCAUUUCAGUAUCUCUAUUUUAGUAGCAUCUAUAAAGUCAUACCAAUUACACAGAGGCAGAUAGUUUUUGUUCAGAAUAGUUUGCAUUCAGAAAAAGAAAACUGGCACAAAAGGGAUAAAAUGUACAAUCCAGGUAUAACUUGCUAAACUGACUGUUCCCACUUCUUCUUAACCAUUGUUAGUUGGAUGUGCUUCUGAUUGACAUUAUAUAAAGCAUCAGAUCAGUUCAGGUAUGGGUGCCUAAAGUGGAAGG